UUUGGACGGCAUAUAAAAAGUCCGCGAGAUUCAAGUGCGGUACAUUCAACUUGAGAUUUACUCACGGUGAAGUCACGCAUCUCAUCUAGAAUGGUUUUCAAGCUGGUAGUGCUGGUGUGCGCGAUCGCGGCUGUACGUGCGGGAGUGAUUGCCCCCGCCGUGUACUCGCACGCCGCCCCCGUGGCCUACGCCGCUGCACCCGUGGUGCACGCCGCCCCGGUCGCGCAUGCUGCCCCAGUAGCCUACCACACCGCCCCCUUGGCCUACGCCGCUGCACCCGUUGUGCACGCCGCCCCGGUCGCGCACGCCGCCCCAGUAGCCUACCACGCCGCCCCCAUCGCCAAGGUCGUCGAAGACUUUAACGCGCACCCGCAGUACAGCUUCGCGUACGACGUUCAGGAUGGACUUACCGGCGACUCCAAGACCCAGCACGAGUCUCGCGACGGUGACGUCGUCAAGGGCUCUUACUCCGUGGUGGACCCCGAUGGCACCAAGCGCACCGUUGAAUAUACCGCUGAUGACCACAACGGCUUCAACGCGGUCGUGCACAAGGAGCCCCUCGCCGUCAAAGUAGCCGCCCCCGUGGUCGCUAAAGUCGCCGCCCCGGUAGCCUACCACGCCGCCCCUGUGGUGCACGCUGCUCCCGUAGCUUAUUCCGCCCCUGUUUACCAUCACUAAAUUAGAACAAACCCUAGUCAUUUUUAUUUAUUGUCAAACGCAACCAUGACAUGA